GGUUGCGUCUGCGCAUGCAUCUAAAAGAAAAUACUGAAUAAUUACCAUUCAUAGUGAUAAUAUUAAUAAAGUGAUUAUGGUGUUAUUAGCUGUCAGUAGUUUUAAAUGUUUUCUGUGUUAAGUCGCCAUUGGUUGUAAUUUGUUCGCGAAACUUUGGUGCAACGCUCGAAACCAAGAAUUGGUUUUAUAAUUGGUUCAAAUAAAAGCCUGCAAUGAUGCGAUUAAGAAGAAGGUAGCUGAUUGAAUGAAAUGUCACAACGGGAUUUCUCGGAGGUGGAGCCCUCCGGCUCAGCCUCUUUGGGAGCUGCAUCAAGAGCCGUCUUCGUGGAGAAGGUCCGUGCAUCCAACGCAGCGUGCCAGGCCGGGGACUUUUCAACAGCUGUUGCACUAUACACCGAUGCACUAUCGCUAGAUCCCGCCAACCAUAUACUGUAUAGCAAUAGAUCCGCCGCGAGAUUGAAACAGGGCCAGUUCGCUGCGGCAUUACAAGAUGCGACGCGAGCGAGGGAACUGUGCCCCAACUGGCCUAAGGCGUAUUACAGACAAGGGGUGGCACUGCAAUGCCUCGGUCGUCACGGCGAGGCAUUGGCCGCGUUCAGCUCAGGGCUGGGUGUAGAGCCAUCAUCGCGACAACUGCUGGCAGCCCUAGUUGAAGCCUCUUUGAAGUCACCACUCCGACCAACCUUAGAGCCAACCUUCAACCAGCUAGAAGUCAUGAAGCUAGAUCAGUAUCCAUUCGUCCUUAUAUCAGUUGUCGGUCAAGAACUGUUAGCGGCCGGGCAGUAUCAGGCCGCUGUGACAGUACUGGAGGCGGCUUUGAGAAUUGGAUCUUGUUCCCUUAAAUUAAGGGGAUCAGUGUUCAGUGCUUUGUCAUCAGCGCACUGGGCUCUAAGUCAACUGGAUGCGGCUAUCAAUUACAUGCAGCAGGAUCUGGCGGUGGCGAAGUCCCUCGGUGACACGGCUGGUGAAUGUAGAGCUCACGGCAACCUAGGUGCUGCCUACUUCAGCCAAGGGUCUUACAAGGACGCCUUGACAGCACACAGAUACCAACUCGUAUUGGCUAUGAAGUGUAAGGACACUCAAGCUGCAGCUGCCGCAUUAACAUCAUUAGGUCAUGUGUACACAGCCAUCGGCGACUAUCCUAAUGCUCUGGCCAGCCACAAGCAAUGCGUCCAACUCGUGAAACAAAUGGGAGAUAGAUUGCAAGAAGCGAGAGAGAUAGGAAAUGUCGGAGCUGUGUAUUUGGCCAUGGGAGAAUUUGAUUCCGCUGUUGAUUGUCAUACUCAACAUUUGAGAUUGGCUAGACGAUUAGGUGAUCAGGUUGAAGAAGCUCGAGCAUAUUCAAACCUUGGCUCUUCUUAUCACUAUAGACGAAACUUUUCUCAAGCUAUUGCUUACCAUGAGAACGUUUUAAGGAUAGCCCAGAACCUAGGAGAUAGAGCUAUUGAAGCCAGAGCAUACGCUGGCCUAGGUCAUGCUGCGAGAUGUGCAGGAGAUUACACGCAAGCUAAGAAAUGGCAUGAAAGACAGUUGGAUGUUGCUCUAGCAGCCAGAGAUAAGGUGGGGGAAGGACGAGCUUGUUCAAACUUGGGUAUUGUAUACCAGUUGCUCGGGGAACACGACGCCGCGUUAAAGCUGCAUCAAGCUCAUCUCUCGAUAGCCAGACAACUCCAGGAUAAGGCUGGCAUGGGGAGAGCUUACGGAAAUAUCGGCAAUGCGUAUUCCGCCGCAGGAUUCUAUGAACAAGCUAUUAAGUAUCACAAACAAGAGCUUACUAUCUCAAAAGAAGUACAUGACAGAAGUUCAGAAGCUUCGACACACGGCAACCUUGCUGUAGCUUACCAGGCCCUUGGUGCUCAUGAUAUGGCCCUUUUCCAUUACAGAGCACAUUUGGGUAUUGCAAGAGAGCUAAAAGAUGCAGCAGGAGAAGCAUGCGCUUUACUUAAUCUUGGAAACUGUUUGUCGUCUCGUGGAGAGUUUGCUCAAGCUGUUCCAUAUUAUGAACAACAUUUGAUGCUGUCCCAGGAACUUGGUGAUGUCAUCGCCGAGGCUAAAGCUUGCCAUUUCCUUGGAUACGCUCAUUACUGUUUAGGAAAUUACAAAGAAGCAGUCAGAUAUUAUGACCAAGAUUUAUCAUUAGCUAAAGACCUUCAAGACAAAAUGAACAUGGGCAGAGCUUACUGUAACCUAGGUUUAGCUCACUUGGCUUUAGGCAACCUUGAAACAGCAUUGGAAUGUCAAAAGUACUUCCUAGCAAUAGCUCAUAUGACACAACAUUUACAAGGAAAGUUCAGAGCACUUGGGAAUAUAGGUGACGUUUUGAUUAAAAUGGGUGAUGUAGAAGAAGCUGUUAAGAUGUACCAGAGACAACUUGGCUUUGCGAGACAAGCUCGGGACAGAUCCUUAGAAGCAGCAGCUUGCGGUGCCUUAGGGCUGGCUAGAAGAUUGCAAAGGCGGCUUGACGCAGCGUUAGGGCAUCACACACAAGAACUCACCCUUCGUCAGGAAGCCGGUGAUUCAGCUGGCGAGGCGAGGGCACACUCACACUUGGGAGCUGUUCAUAUGGCUUUGGGUCACUACUCCCAUGCCGCGAGAUGCUACAGGGAACAAUUGGAAAGGGCUCAAGAAUUACAAGAUUGCGCCCUUGAAGCUCAAGCUUACGGUAAUUUAGGUAUUGCGAAGCUAAAUAUGGGACAUUAUGAAGAUGCUAUUGGUUACUUAGAGCAACAAUUAGCUAUCUUAGAACGGAUGAAUACACCAACAUGUCAGAUAGACAAGGCUCGGGCCCUUGGUUCUCUUGGCGAUUGUUACGAUGCUCUGGGUGACCCUGACGAAGCAGCUAAGUACCAUGAGCAACACCUGGCCGCUGCGCUCAAGUUGGACAACCCCAGGGAACAAGAAAGAGCGUAUCGCGGUCUCGGCUUAAGCCAUAAAUCCGUCGGUAACUUGCAACAAGCUCUCGUAUGUUUGGAGAAGCGUUUGGUUGUGUCUCAUGAACUUGGUAUCCCAGAAGCGAAAGCCCAGGCGUACGGUGAACUCGGCGCAUUACACAUUGCUCUUAAUAACUUAGAACAAGCUGUUUCAUGCUUGGAACACCAGAAAAAUAUUGCUAGGGAAUUAAACAACCAAAUAAUGGAGGCAGAGGCAUGUCACUCACUCGGCGUGGCACAGCAUGCACUUGGAGACCACGCGUCGGCCGUCCGACAUCACCGCGCUGAACUUGAAUUGGCGCACAGACUGGGACUAACACACCUACAGGCCCGAGCAUGCGGCGGUCUCGGCACCUCACACGCAGCACUCGGCGCUCACGCCGAAGCUGCUCGGUGGCACGAAGCAAGACUACGACACGCUACUGCUGCUGGUGAUACUCGUGGCAGAGCCAAUGCUCUCGCUGAUCUUGGCCGUUCACAUCUCGCCAUGGGUGCAUGUGGGAGUGCUGUGUCCUACCUACGACAAGCAUUAGUCGCCACUGAGGGUCUGGCUGACGUUGAUGAAGAGGCACGAGUACGUCAUAGACUUGGUUUCGCUUUGUGGGCAUCUGGUGAGUUAGAAGAAGCAAAGGAACAACUCCAUGCGGCCCUCAGCGCUCUGGAGACCAGCUCGGAAAGACAAAGAGACAGAAAGACCGCUGCUCUCUAUGUAUCAACACAGCACGCCUUACAGAGAGUUUUCGUUGAACUAGGCCGUCAUCACGAGGCCCUAGUGAUAGCUGAACGUGGCCGGUGUCGUUCCCUUGAAGCGAUGUCUGACAAACCGACGAGCGCGCUCAAUCAGGCCAAUUUGGAAAUACAUACGGCACAAAGCAGGAACAUAUCAGAAGAUAAUAAAGAUCGCCCGGAGCCCUGGAGUCCCUCAACGGUUGAACAAAUACUGGAAGUUGUUAACAAACAGAAGGCUCCCGUCCUGUACUUCAGUAUUGCUGCUGGGAGACUAUACUCUUGGUUACUGCAACCACAUAAAGGUAUACUAAGAUUCCACCAAACCUGUCUGACAGAACAAGCAGAAGAUAGCGAUAACAGCUUACCUGAUAUCAGCCCAGAUGACCUUCAGACUGAUACAAGUGCCGGUAGUUUGGAACGUUGUAUAAAAGAAUGGUCAGCCUGGUUGAAAACAGCCGAUAAAAGAAACGAAGACGAGCUUUGGGAGAACGAGGAACGUCCUAGCACCGGCCUAACAAGAAUGGUAACACGAAACCAUUUACUGAAUUCAUCUAACUACUCCUUGAGUUCCCUAUUCAGUGUCGGUUCUGUGGGCGGCUCCGUCGCGGGAUCUGUAGCUAGCCUUCAAGGAUCAACGAGGUCUAGCGUCCACGGCCCUCGUAAAAAGCAACCAUCGUGGCAAGGGCCUCCCUGUCUCAAUACCCUCUAUCAAAUGCUAAUCGCUCCCUUCGAGGAUUUACUGCCAACAUCCUGUAACAAUAACCAUACAGCGUCCCCGGGCCGUCGGGAGUUGGUGGUGGUGGUGCAGGGCGCUCUGUACGCUUGUCCUUGGGGCGCCUUAGCUGGAGACGCCCGUGAGCCGCUGUGCGAGCGAUACGCCUUACUUGUGGCUCCGGCUCUCAAGCCACUCCGUCACAGACACGUAAAGACAAAGAGCGGCCACGAACAAGGCGUUGGUUCAGAAGGCAUGCGUUGCGUGGUAGCGGGCGUGCGAGCACUUCGUGAGGCUGAGCUUGUAGCGGACAUGCUGCGGGUCACGCCGCUACUCGACUAUCAAGCUUCCAAAGAAGCAGUGUUGGCGCAACUACCACAAGCAGAAUGUGUCCAUUUUGCCACACACAUUUGCUGGAAAACACCUGGUAUUAUACUCAGUCCAGGAGAAGUGGUUGAUUCACAAGCAAAACGUCUUAUGAAUUCUAGUGUAGGUAGUGGAGGUGGGGAAACGUCUGCAGAAAAUGAAGAAGAAAAUACCGAACUGACUCCUAGCAAUGAAGAACUUCCACCUUCAUCAGAAUUUAUGUUGACAGCAACAGAAAUCAGAAAUUUAAAACUUACAGCCAGAUUAGUGGUCCUGUCGUGCUCUCCAUCGAGCGCCUUGCUUCAAGACUCAGAUGAGCCGGAUGCAGUCACAAUGGCCGGAGAAGGAGUAUCAAAACUUUGUAGAGCAUUCCUAGCCGCUGGAGCUCAAGCUAUACUUGUCACGUUAUGGCCGGCACCACAAGAAACUGCUACUAAAAUUUUAUAUAGAGCUUUGUACUCAGCAUUACUCCAAGGCAGCAGAAUCGCUAAAGCAUUGGGUGACGCGAUGCAGACGGUCCGCCACACGAAACACUUCUCACACCCAGCGCACUGGGCUGGUCUGUGUCUGCUGGGUGGCAAUGUUCGGCUCAGUAACAAGGUAGCGCUACUGGGACAGGCGCUGUGUGAUCUAUUGGCCGCUCCCGAUAAGUGCCGGGACGCACUGCGAGUAUGUCUGCACUUGGUCGAAAAAUCCUUGCAGCGGAUAGUAAGAGGUCAAAAGAACGCGAUGUAUACAACACAAAAGAGUAUAGAAAACAAAGCCGGGCCAGCCACCGGCUGGCGGGAACUUCUGAUGAGCGUUGGAUUCAGGUUUGAACCUGCCGCAAAUGGAAUACCAUCAAGUGUCUUCUUUCCACAAAGCGACCCAGAGGAACGAUUGGCACAGUGUUCUGCAAGUCUUCAAGCUCUUUUAGGUUUGACUCCCACUACACUCCAAGCGCUGUCAAAGUUAAUAUCGAACGGGUCGGAAGUGUCGGACGACAUUAUUGGCGUGGUCCGCGCUGUCAUUGCGCAAUUCGCUGUCAAAGAAGGAGAGACCGUGGAGGUAGCUGUUAAUGUCAGACUUUGGCGUGUUAACGGCUGCCACGAACUUCUGGCGUCUCUCGGCUUCGACCUGGCCGAGGUUGGACAAGAUGAAGUCACAUUGCGAACAGGAAAAACUGCCAAUAGGAGACACAUUCAAUUCGUACUUCAGGCUCUCCUAGCAUUAUUCGAUACCCAAGAGGCACCCCGCAGUCUCAGUCUUGGCUCUAGCUCAAGUGUGGAGUCGCUCGCAUCAGAUGGUGACCUGGAGCAGCACUCAGACGGGGAACCACCACAAAGACAACAUCGACAGGAAAGUGUGUCGUCAGUUCCACCGCCUCCACUGCCGUUGGGUUCCUGCGGAGGCGCCUUUACAAUGUACGUCAGAGGAUCGACAUCAGAAGUGGGCAGAGGAGAGCCCGACGGAAGAACUGCACCACCCCCCGCACCUCCGCCUCCUAGAUACCGCGGAGAAAGUGAUGCCGCCUUCACACCUUCACCACCAGCUGCCCCCCCACAAACCACGUCUACUCCGCCCAGGGACGUCUCCUUAGCAUUAGCUCAUCAAACUAAAAUAAGAACACUAUACACGAGACGACCUCCGUCCACCGAUGACUCCGAUUGGGAAAGUUCCGGUCAUGAUACUGUACUACGACGACGACCAGAACAUUCCCACCAGAGAUAUUUGGAUGCUUUCUAUGACUUAGCAGCCUCUACCCGCAGAAAUGACGAGGAAAAGACUGACUCGAUGAAUCAGCCUUCAACAUCGAAACGAACUUCAAGACAAAAAAUGGGUGGCAGUCGGGACUCUAUGGCACAAGUUAGACAUAUGAGUGGAGAACUAACUCCUACUAUAUCCGAAGUAUAUCACGAACGAAAUAUAGGCUUAGGACUGGCACCGCCAUUAGCUGAAUUACUUUUGGCUGAAGACUCUAAAACAGAAAUGAGGGCAGCCAGCUCGAGCGAAAACUUGCUUUUACAGAAUUUGGAGAAACUGGGGCUCCUUGGAGAUUCCAGUGAAUCUGAUGAAAGAUGGUGUAGCAAUAACGGUUCAAGGCCGUGGCUCUCCGCAGCUCCUUUAGAAACUGACAUCCAAAGCUCCGAUCUGACAACCGCUGAGAUCAUAGAACUUAAAACUAAGUUCAAAAAAGAGGAGCCGAAGAGGAAAGAGGAAAACGUUUAUGAACUUAAACCUAAAGAAGAAGCAGGGCCCAGUGGUAUUGAGAAACGUUCGGUGUCUCCGUUCUCUGAACUAUCAAGAAGAGACGAAGGUGAUGGAAGGAGUAUAGCGGACUCACAUUCCUCUUACAAGGCUUUGGUGCUAAACCCUCGGACGCCAUAUUUGCCCGAAGAAGGGGAGCCUGGAAUAAGUGGAAACACAGAAGGAGGAAAAACUCAUCCCAGAGUGAGAAGACCUCCCGUUCCCAGAAACAGACCCGCCUAUACCACCCUUGACUUUCCUUCUAACAAAUAAAUUUAUAAAAGAUAAAAGGACGACCUAUACUUGUAGAGAAAUAUAUAAAACGGCUAUGACUUCUGAAUAUUAUAGUAAAGGAAUCUGUGUAAACUUACUGUAUUAUACCUCUUAUUACUUUAGAGUAUAAUUAACACUUUACACUAUUAUUAGAAACAAAAGGAUUAUUUAGUAUUUUUUAUAUAUUAUUACUUUUACGGUACCGUAAUGUAUGAUUAUUUAUUUUAGUUUAUCUUAUACAUUAAUAACUUCGUACCUUAAGCCUAAUACUUUUCUUGCCAUUCAUUACGUAAAAAUGUACCUUACUUAAUUUAAUACAAUAAAAUACUCGCAAGGAAUAUAUUACAUUUAACAACUAACCGGCAGUUUUGUAAUCGUAUGUCACUGAGUUAUUAUUAUACUCGUACUGUCAGAUACAAUGUCCUUGUCAGCACAAAUAAAUGCACACAUCAAAAUAGAAGUUAGAAUAACAAUAUACUCGUACAUAUAUUAGUGAUUACUUAUUAGUAUUUGCAUGUAUAUAUACAAUUUUACUUAGUUUUCAAUGUAUAUAAAAUAUGUAUUUGCCCCCGUUUUGUUCAGAAUCACACAUUUUUUUUGAAAAAUAAUAUAUAACCUACACUUUCAUCCUUUAGUGUGAAGUCAUAAUAAUAGACAAUAAUAUAAACGCAUCACAACUGUAACUCUGUAUAAUAAAAAUAAUAAAAUUUUGAUAAUUUAAUAUAUUAUAUUGUUUUGUUUUAAAACUACCACAUAUAGUAUAAUAUAUGACAAUUUAAAAAAUGUCGUUCUUAGAAAUAAGUUACAGUCAGUCAGGCAUCCAGGAAAUCAUGAUUGUGUCUAGUCGUGACCCAAGUUGCCUACGCUCGAAAAUAAAUAAGACAUCAUUGUUGAGACGUAACUUUUCUUAAAUGAGAAAUAAAUAUAAGGCAUUAUUAACCUUGACAUAUGUUAA